CUCUCCCUCUGUCCGUCCGUCCAUGGCCGUGUCCACCACGAAGCCAUUCAGCGAGGCCGCCAAAGAGCACCUCACGCUGGCGGUGUUGGACAAGGGCCAUCCGGACGGCCACAUCAGCACGGACAAUUGGAAGUCCGUACUGAUGGGUCUAUGCAGGGUGUAUAAGGGGAUACUCCAGAAGUAUCCCGGCCCUGCACCAGUCGUUCGUGAUGCUGGGUGGCAUCAGGGGCGGGUAAAGCUGGUGGCGUGUGCAGAUGAACGCGCGGUCCGGCUUUACAAGGAAGCGAUCUCCACGGUUGGACAGCUGUGGCCCGGGGCAGACUUAGUUGCUGUUCACAGGGAUGAAAUCCCUAACAGGCCGCGAGCCUGGGCCUGGGUCCCAGCUGAACCAUCAAAGCCAGAGGAGAUUCUUGAGUUUAUCCGACUGGGCAACGAAGGACUGCCCACAAGUGAUUGGAGGAUAGUCCGAGUUGGCGAGACCAAGGGGAAGCAGCGUUUUGUUGGCUUUGUCAUCAACGAUGCUUCCGUCCCAGUUCUCGAGGGUUGUGGUGGGGUAAUAAGCUACGGCUUUUACUCCAUCACGGUGAAAAUCCACCGGAAAACGGACCAACAAGGGGAGGAGGCGGGCAACGCCUCGAGCGGACCCACUCCUCCCGAUAACUCUACCGACGAAGGGGCCAACAACACAGGCAACGCCUCGAGCGGACCUGGCGCCUCCGAGUCGGCAUCGGUGGCAGACAGCGCGGGGUCCACAGGAAACACCACGAGUGGACCUGGGGACCUACCAACGGGUGUACCCGAAACCGCGUCAGAUACUGAGAGCGACACGAGCUCAGUAUCUGCCUACGUAGGGUCGGUAUACAGCCGGUGGGCAAUGCUGAACGAGGACCAGCUUCUGGACUCCGAACCGGAGGAGGAGGUUAAUGACAUCACAGUCAUUGCCGCCGCCGAACGGGAGGAGCUAGAAGCGAUGGACAUCACCGACUCUGAGGAUGGUGCAGAUCCUACAAAUUAAUCUGCACCAUUCCAAGGCAGCCUCGGCUGCCCUUCUUCUUCGCCUCAGCAAUAAAGCUGAGGACUUGAUUCUAGUCCAAGAGCCUUGGAUCGUUAGAAACAAGGUUUGCGGACUGAACUCUGAUGCCUACCAGGUUGUAACAGCUCCAGUAGCAGGUAGGAUCAGAGCUUGCAUUCUGAUUAAAAAAGUAUAUUCUUAUUUUUUACUCUCCCAAUACAGCGACGAGGACACUGUCUGCAUCAGCGUCCAGCUGAAGGAGAGCGUGAUCUGGCUGGCAACAUCCUACAUGGCCCACGACAGCCAUGUUUUUCCACCCUACAGACUGGAAGAAGCUGUGAAGGAAGCAAAUCGCAGGAAACUCCCGGUCAUAAUAGGGGCAGACUCUAACUCGCAUAACACGAUCUGGGGCUCAAGCGACACCAACUCUCGAGGUGAGUGUUUACUUGACUUUGUUCUUUUAUAUAAUCUUACUGUAUGUAACCGCGGGCGCGACCCCACUUUUGUGACCUCUGUUAGAAGCGAAGUGCUGGACAUCACCCUUGUUUCGAGCGGUUUGUCUGAUCAGAUAAGGGACUGGCAGGUGUCCAAAGAACACUCUUUCUCUGACCAUCUCUACAUUAGCUUUAAGCUCAAUUUUGAUCCUGCUCCUUUAACAGCAUACAGGAACAAGAAGCGAACCGACUGGGCAAAGUAUAAAAAUACGCUGUCGGUCUCUCUACACAGAUACGCUUCUCACGAUAAGUCCUGCUUAUCGUUAAGAUCUGAUGAAGCGAGUCUCUCGAAUACGAAGGUUGUUUCUCUCGGUGAGCUGGACUCAUCGUCAAAAAUUGAUGAAGCAGUGAACUUUGUGACAAAUGCCUGUAAUGCUGCUUUCAAAGCCUCCUGCCCAAGCACCCUCCCGAAGGGCAAAAAGAAACCCCAGUGGUGGAAUCCUGAGAUUUCAGCACUGAGGAAGAACAGCAGGAGGCUUUUCAAUCAAGCUAAACGAACAGGUCUUUGGCAACCAUACAAAGACGCACUCAAAGUUUUCAAGAAGGCCAUAAAGAGGGCGAAACGCGAAUCUUGGCAAAACUUCUGCGACAACAUAGAAGAGAACUCUGAAGCCAACAGGCUGAGGAAAGUUCUCUCAAAAUCUUCUUCAAGUAUGAACUCUAUCCAGAAGCCUAACGGUGACUGGACGACAUCAUGUAGCGAAAUGCUGGAGGUCCUUAUGAGCACUCACUUCCCGGGCUGCUCAGAUGACACCCCCGAUUUUUCGCCCGGUCCUAGGACCUACUUGUCUCUGGGUGAUACCGUUGGGGACAUCGUAAGUGAGGAGAGGGUGGAAUGGGCUUUAAUGUCCUUUCAGCCCUACAAAUCUCCUGGCCUUGACGGAAUCUUUCCCGCUCAACUACA